AUGAGUUCCCCACCCGAAGAACCACAGCCACAGCCAGAAGACACCCGCAGUCUGAUUAAGUCCCCAGGUCGCAUUCAUCGCUGGAUGGACGGUACCGGCGAGUUCAAUCAACCCAUUUCACCAUCCAACAAUGUACCAAAUAGUCCACCUUCUGGAAAUCCAUACGACCUGGACGGAGUAAAUUUAAGAAGCCCUUCAAUUGGCCCUCGUCCUGCAGCCUCACAUGAUGUGUUUGUUGCUGCAUUCAACCGAGAAGGUGCGCAGACUGGUGCAGGUUUCACUGGAAAUAAUCAACAACCAAACCAAGAAGCUCCGAAUGCUUCGGAUGCCCUACUAGGUCAAAUGACUACCCACCACAACUUGGUUGGUCAAAUUCAACAGCGUAAUGAGCAUCUUCUCGGCAACACGUACGAGUUAUCACCGAUUCCGAACUCGGGAGAUAAUGCACACCAAGCUAUUCCUGCUGGAAACAAUCGUGUUGAAAAUCCACCAAACUCGACACUACUUCAAUAUCACAACGAAAAUAGAAACGCUUUACUGAACAUUUUCCCGGAUUCACCUUACGGUGAAUUCCAACCCCUUGAUCAGAGAGCUCUUCAAAUGGAUACGGCUUCAGGUAUGAUGAAUGCCAUGAACAACUAUUCCUACCAACCGGGAUACGGCGGUUUACAACCCCCGGAUCAGAGAGUUCAUCAAGCAGACACCGCUUCAGGUAUGAUGAAUACCAUGAACGAUUAUUCCUUCCAGCCGCGUUACAGCGGUUUACAACCUCCGAGUCAGACAGCAAAUCAAGCAGAUACGGCUAUAGGUAUGAUGAAUACUAUGAAUGAUUAUUCUUCCCAGCCGCGCUAUAGUGGUUUACAGCCUCUGGAUCGGAGAGCUCACCAAGCAGGUACGGCUACAGGUAUGAUGAAUACCAUGAACAGCAAUCCCUCCCAGACGCGUUACGGCGGCUUACAGCCCCCGGGCCAGAGAGGAAAUCAGGCGGAUAUGACCAGAUGUACAAUAGUUGCAAGCAUGGCUGACCAUUUCUGCCGACCCCUAGUUCAGAGAGCUCGUCAGUUCGAUAUGGCUACAGCUAUGAUGAAUCCGAUGAAUAACUAUCAAGGAGAAAUGCAUGGCCAAGUUCCGGUGAACAACCCAGUUCCUACAUAUCAUACUGAUAACCAAAACGACUUUUUCGGGUAUGAUCCCCAGGACCAGGAGGUCCAACAAAACGACGUUUUUGGGAAUAAUCCGCAAUACCCGGAGGUUCACCAAAACGACAUUUUCGAGAAUAAUCCCCAUUACCCAGAGGUUCACCAAAACGACAUUUUCGAGAAUAAUCCCCCAUACCCGGAGGUCCAACAGAACGACCAUAUGUUAAAUAAUUAUAAUAUGGAUUCGGCACAGCAAACCGUCCAAAGCUCCGGAGACAACAUGCCAAGCAGUAAUCUUCCUGGUACAACUCCUCAACAGAACAUCCUGGAAAGUAUCGAACAACCUCCACAUAAUCCUCAACCAAACGCAUCUCCUCAGCAAGUACAUUAUGUGGAUGAAUCUGAUGACGCUUUCACGACACCUGAUCACUCUCUCACUACACCUUCCCAGAACAUGCCAGUACCUCAUACACCUUCCGGUUAUGUUAGUGACCAGAGAGCUCCAGGAGCAGUAGGUACAGGCUUGGGUGUGUUUAAUGUUCCAGGUAAUAUGACAUCAGGCCAGCAUGUAGUCCAGAAUGAACAAGGCUUGGGUGGACCUAAUGCUCCAGGCGAUAUGCCAUCAAACCAGUAUGAAGUCGCCAACGAUGAAGACAAUAUGCUACCAAACCAGCAUAUAGUCCAGAACGAACAAGACUUAGGUGCCCCUAAUGUUCCAGACAACAUGCCACCAAACCAGCAUAUAGUCCAGCACGAACAAGACUUAUAUACGGCUGAUGCUCCAGGCGAUAUAUCACAAAGCGAGCAUAUAGACCGCAACGAUCCAGGCGAAAUGCCCACUUCAGGUGGUGAUCAAAUGGAUACUUCAGAGGACCGAAUCCAGUUUGGUAGGCUGAGUACUAUUGCACAACUUGCGCAGCUCUCUGACUCAAUUCCAGACGCUCCUGAACCAUUCAACACAAUUAAUUCUGGCCCUUUCUUUCCACAAGAUGCUAGUCCUAUGCAACCACUCCAGCUUGAUAGCAAUCCGACGGCUACCUCAAAUGUUGAGGAAGCGGGAGCAGCCUUCGACUCCGAAGAAGCUGGUACUCGAUCUGCUAGGAUUUUUCCACCAAAUAUACCAGGCACAUUGGCGCCCAGCAUGCAUCAAGCACAGAUGGAAGCUCCUCAUGCUCGCAACACGUUCAAACAUCCCGCCAGAAAUGAUAAAUCCGAUACCCGGAAGGACCCUCCACGGGACGCAAACAGAGUAAAUAAGUCGAUUCGUCGCAGAAAGCCAGCGAAGACGCAGAAAUUACAGUCUGCAAUCGCCAACAGCGCUUCUCAAUUGCUGGAGGAGUCGGCACCGCAGGCUGCUGAAGCACAGAAUAAUCCUGAGAACUCAAAGUCUCAAGCGAUUGAAGCACAGGAUGAAUCCGAGACCAGUGUUGAAUCAGUUGACUAA